AUGGAUUCUCUCUUCACCGUCGACCCUGACCAGCCUUACGCCGUCUGGGCCACCCCGGGCAAGGCCAAGUACUUUGCCACCCCGGACCCAAAUGUCCCUCUUCCUGCUGACCUCGAGUUCCGGCUCCUCAUCGCUAACCCGGCCGGCAGCCCCCACUGGUUCGAAGGACCAAACAUCCUCCACGUCCCCCUCACCAUGGGGCUCCCCGCCCUGGUCGAGCGCCUCCGGGAGUUCCUCCCCAAGGACCCGGCCCCGGAGCCCAGCGGCCACCAGCACCAGAGCAAGCUGAUGAACUUCAUGCACCGCGGCUCGCGCAACGUCCCCAAGUGCCCCCGCCUCAUCCACGCGCGCCUCUACCUGACCCGCAACCCGGACGGGGCCGUCGUCCCCUUCGACCGGGCCUCGCGCCGCAACAGGCCCAACGAGGAGCUCGACCACGGCUGGGACUUCCAGCACUGCCUCGCCGCCAUCGACCUCGUGCCCCGCCUCGAGCAGGACUGGCGCAUGUUCCGCGAGCUCAUCGUCGCCGCCCGCGGGCAGUACAAGGUCUUCAUCGCCAUCAAGGGCGACAACGCCUAG